AUGGUUGCAAGCGAUUUCUUUCUAUUAUUUAUCAAUCACAAGGGUAGAUUUGUGACUGUCGAUGGGUAUGAGGCGUAUUAUGGUGAUAAAGUUGCCACGGUUACUGGGUUGGAUGCAGAUAGGCUAGGUUAUUUUGACAUUGAAGAUGAAAUAACGAAGUUGGGAUAUGAAAACUGGGGUAGAAUAUGUUAUAAGCAUCGGACAACACGUGAAUUUAAAGAUAUAACAGAUGAUGCUGGUGUUAUGGACUGUUUGGGUCAAAUGCAGGGAAACAAAAGAUAUGUUGAAAUAUAUGUGCAAACUGAACAUUUAAAGAAACCGUGUGGGGUUGCUGUGUGUCAACAAGAAAAUGGAUCUAGGAAUAGGGUAUCUAAAGUUGCUGAGGUAGAUCAAGCAAAGGAUACUAAAGCUGGAAUAAUGCAAACAUUUCAAAGGUCCGAAGAAUUGGUUUUGUCAUCCAUGGAGAACAGGGAGUGUUCUAUUUACUUGAACAAUGGUGGAAAAUUUAGUACGACCGGACAAGGGGCUAAUGCUAUGAAAUUGGUUGAUAAUGAUGAUGAAAUAAUGGAGAUUAUAGGAUAUUUUCAGAAAGGGGAGAAGAUCAUUGAUGUUUAUGUUGAUAACUGUUUGGAAAAAAAUGAGGUUGAUGACAAUUUCUGUGAAAUCCAGGCUCAUGAAGAUGAGCCUAUUGUGAUGAUGCCCACAGGGAAUGACACAACAGAGGGGAAAGGCUUUUAUGAUAGUAGUGAAGAUGAUGAUUAUGUGCCUGUAGAUGAGAUUUCAUCUGAUGAUGGAUUGUCUGAGCAUGAACUUGCUUCAGAUGAUGAAGAAAGAAUUGUGGCCAGGAGGAACUUCAAGCAAUAUAAAAGAGCUGCUCCAAUCAAUGAGGCUGUAAAUUUACUACAAUUGGAACUUGCGAAUAAUGAAGCAUAA